CGCCAACAACCAACCCCAGGCGGCGGCGACGGUGACAUGGCAACCAGUACGCGGUGGCGCGCCGCUGGCGUUGCUAGUCGUAUGUUGAUGGCAAGGCGGUGCUUCCUCACCGUCCCUGAGUUCCUGCAGCCAUCCAGCUUGCGCAAGGAACAUCGUGAGAAGAAGGUGGUGCCGUUUCCUUGCCAAGCCAUGUUCGACGUCGUAGCCAACGUGGACGAGUACGUGACGUUCCUGCCAUUCUGCGUCACAUCGCGCGUCGUGUCGAGACCGUCUUCCAACUCCAUGGAGGCCGACUUGACGGUGGGCUUUCAGAUCUUCACGGAAACAUACCGGUCUCGCGUCGUCUUGGAGUCCCCGCGACGCAUCCUCAUCAAGUCGAUCAAUUCCCCCACAUUUAAGUCCAUCGAAAGCGAGUGGACGUUCCGGCCGGUCUCGACCACUUCGUGUGAAGUCAAUUUCCGCGUGUCGUUUGAAGUGGGGUCGAUUCUCCAUGCACAUGCGAUGCGACUCUUCUUUGACGAUGUCGCACGCGUGCAACUGAAUGCGUUCAUUGGCCAAGCAUCCAAGCUACAACAGCAACGGCAACUAGCCCAGAAACGGCAACAGCAAUCUCCACCUGAACCAACCCCAGCGGGCAAACCGUGGACAGUACCAUUCCUCCAAGGAAAAGUGCCAGCCCCAGUGCUAGCCCAUCUCAAGCACGUCUUCAUUGCACAUGCCACUGCCGAAGCUGGUACGUACAAGCUAUCGCUGGCAGGGUUUGGGGCGGCCUGCCACGAUCUGGUUCACACGUCGCCAUGGGCCAAAGCGUCACCCACGGUGGAAGACUUGAAGUCUAUCAGCGCCAACUCCCAAUCAGCGUUGGCAUUUGCAGUGUUUGCCAGCUACAUCAUGCCGAGUCAGCACCAACCCCACACGCAUGAACAACCACCGCACCGCCAAGAGCUGUCGUUUACCGAGUUUGCAGUACAAUGCACUUUGCAUAUACAACAAAUCGUUGUGAUUUCACACUUUAGAUAUUGGCUAGACGGGUGUAUACUUGACACUAUACGGUACAGUGGACGACAAAGCCGUACACAUGUUCCAAGCGAUCGAUAUACUGCACGACGGGCGACUCAGUCCAGACGAACUUCGCCGCGCCAUGGAAACCAGGCUUCGGGUGGUGCGAGAUGUGUUUCCGCUGUUGUUGCAAGAACAACUCGAGUUGGCUGCAUCGUCGUCGUCGUCGCAGUUUACUUCGUCGACGAAUCUGAACGAAGAAGGCAUGAAAGUGGGACUCUUGGCCAUUGAAUCGCUCAUGGCCCAAGUCGAAAGCGAUAUCCCGCUGGCCGUGCACCAGAUCUUUCUCAGCAUGACCCUGGAAGAACCCAACCACAUCAACCUCACGGAAUGGCGACGCAUGUGGCACGAUCAUCCAGAACUGGUCGAGAUGAUGACCAUCGACGGCAUGAAGAAGAUUCUACACGUCGCGGCGGUGGUGACACCGGCCAACAGAUAGACCUCCACUCCUUUUCUCAUUCAAGUCAUGGGAUAGGCUGUUGUCCACAGUGAACGAUGGGUGGUCGUGGUGAAAGUCAAUCUCCAUCGAGUUUGCAUUGUGUGCAGAGCAACAUUUUCGUUUAUCGUUCCAUACUAGGGUAUUGCACCGUGUACUGUACUACUACUUACUAUACAAUAGUUGCAGCACUUUUCUGAAGCGGCUUGCCGGUUUCACACGCAAGGGGUGGUGGCAUAGUGAAUUCUGACGACCACUCAACGAAGUGUAUGUGGGGUGGACGACGCUUUCAAGUGGGGUGAAUUUCAAUGGCUUCUCCGACGGCGGGUGAUUCGAUCCACAAAAUAGCUGUCUGAACUGGCCACGAGGACAAAAGGGUGGCAUCGGGCACAGACGCAGGCGGGCG